AUGACUGCUGGAGACAGCUGGCGUAGGACAGUGGAUAUAGGCCACUGGUUGCAGUGCUGCGCCUUUGGUGUCAUCGGCAUGAUCACUUACUCGAAGAGGAUCGGCUUCCUGGGUUUUGGAGAGGACGUCGGUGAUGUGAUGCGGAAUUUAGGCGACUACCUGGCCUACUCCAGCGUCAUUGGCGUGUAUUUGUGGUUGCAUCUCAUCCUCUUCGGGAAACACUCGGAGGACCCGUCCGUCUUCACCUCGUACCACCUUCUCUCGGGAUGUGACCCAUAUCACGUUUCGCAGGGCCAGAAAAUGCCGUAUCUUCAAGCGGUCCUGAGGGAGGCGCUGCGCGUGCAUCCAGCCACUGGUUUGCCUCUUGGAAGCGUGGUCCCGAAGGACCGCUUGGCCAUCAACGAAGUAGCUUUUUCUGAAGGGGCAAGAACUAACAGCUGGGUUGAGCACGGCGACAAGACGAUAUUCAGCGACUCUUACCCGCGCAAGGGGGGGGUCGAGGAGCGGUACCUGGACCGCCCAGAGAGAUGGCCCCAUAUGGACAAGGAAAAGAUAAGUGCCAUGAAUCGGCACUGGAUGCCGGAUUUCUGUGCUGUAGCAGCAUUACCUAGCUGCAUCGGACGGCACAUCUCGAUGCUGGAAAUGUGCAAACUAGUGCCGAGGUUGAUUCGAAACUUUGAUCUCCGGUCAGACAUUCGAGACAACCAACCAGCCAACAGCCCGGAUCAAUCGGCGAUAUGGAUCCAACCUAUUGCAGGUUUCCACACGCGGUCAGCUGGUUCUCGCCACCAAAGGAUUGGCGGUGCCGAGGUGCCAAGUGAAAGGCGGCCAUGA